AUGGGCUCGAUGACACAACAUAUGCGCACGGCCAUCAGGCUGGCCCGUUAUGCACUGGACCACGGCGAAACGCCCGUUGCAUGUGUCUUCGUGCACACGCCCAGCGAUCAGAUCAUCGCUUAUGGUAUGAACGACACCAAUCGGUCGCUGACUGGCAUCGCACACGCCGAAUUUGGUGCGAUUGCGCAGGUGCAAGAGCUCUUUGGCGAGCAGGACGCAUCGAUUUUCAAGGAGGUGACGGUGUACGUGACCGUCGAGCCCUGCGUGAUGUGCGCCUCGGCGCUGAAGCAGCUGGGCAUCGGGCGCGUGAUAUUCGGCUGCGGAAACGAGCGUUUCGGGGGGAAUGGCUCGAUCCUGGCGGUGCAGCGCGACACCAGCACCGCGCCGCAGAACCGGCACCUUGCCAUUCCUGGCGUUCUGCGGCGGGAGGCCAUCAUGCUGUUGCGCUACUUCUACGUGCGGGAGAACGAAAGAGCGCCCAAGCCGCGCGCCAAGGCCGCGCGCAAGCUGGACAGGGAGACGUUCCCGCCGCUUCAGUGGUCGCAGUAUCUGAGCGAAGCCGAGUUCGUGGGCGUCUUCGGCGCAGACCUGGUUUCCCGCUUCCACGCCGAUGCGGACGUCCACGCUGACGUGGACUGGGCGCUGAUAGACGGCGACCACGACAACAUCAUCGAAGAGCUGGAAACGCAGCGGCGUGCGUUCCACCUACAUCAACAUAAGAAAUUGAAACCUAGCUAA